AUGAGGGUGGUUUUUAGCCUCUUGCUUCCUGUCCUCCUGGCAGAGGUGUGGCUGGUAACCAGUUUGAACUUCAGCUCCCAUUCACCAGAGGCUCAAGCAAAGUUGGAGUCUCAGGAUCUUCAGAACCAGACUUGGGAAGAGAACACGUGGACUGUCCCCAGUGAUGAAGAAGAGGAAGAAUAUUGGCCAAGGACUAGCCUGCAACAGCUCUCUAAUGAGACUUCAAACUUCGGGUUCAGCCUGCUUCGAAAGAUCUCCAUGAGGCACGAUGGCAAUGUGAUCUUUUCACCAUUUUGCCUGUCAGUGGCCAUGGUGAGCUUGAUGCUGGGGGCCAAGGGAGAGACCAAAGUCCAAAUGGAGAAUGGGCUCCAUCUACAGGCCCUGAGCCAAGCAGGACCCCUGAUCCUCCCAUCCCUCUUCAAGAGGCUCAGAGAGACCCUCUCCAGCAACGAGGAUCUGGACCUCACCCUGGGUAGCCUUGCCUUCAUCCACAAGGACUUUGAUAUCAAAGAGACCUACUUCAAUCUAUCCAAGAAGUACUUUGAUACAGAGUACGUGCCUACAAAUUUUCGAAAUUCCUCACAGGCCAAAGGGCUCAUGAACCACUACAUUAACAAAGAGACACGGGGGAAAAUUUCCAAGCUCUUUGAUGAGAUUAAUCCUGAAACAAAGUUAAUUCUGGUGGACUACAUCUUGUUCAAAGGGAAGUGGCUGACUCCAUUUGACCCCAUCUUCACCGAGGCUGACACUUUCCACCUGGACAAAUACAAGGCAGUUAAGGUGCCCAUGAUGUACCGGGAAGGCAACUUUGCCUCUACCUUCGAUAACAAGUUCCAUUGCCACAUCCUCAAGCUGCCCUACCAAGGAAAUGCCACCAUGCUAGUGGUGCUCAUGGAAAAAAUAGGUGACCACUUGGCCCUGGAGGAUUACCUGACCACAGAUCUCGUGGAGACAUGGCUCCAGAAUAUGAAAACCAGGAAAAUGGAGGUUUUCUUUCCCAAGUUCAAGCUGGACCAGAGGUAUGAGAUGCAUAAGCUGCUCCAGCAGGUGGGAAUCAGGAAAGUCUUCUCCAGCUCAGCUGACCUCAGCGAACUCUCAGCCAUGGCAAGAGAUCUUCAGGUGUCCAAGGUCUUACAACAAUCAGUGCUUGAGGUGGAUGAAAGAGGAACUGAAGCAGUGGCAGGGACACUGUCAGAGAUUGUUGCUUAUUCCAUGCCUCCUGUCAUCAAAGUGGACCGACCUUUUCAUUUCAUGAUCUAUGAGGAGAUGUCCAGGGUGCUUCUGUUUCUGGGCAGGGUGGUGAACCCCACUGUCCUGUGA